AUGAUAGAUGAUGAGGAUGAAUUUGAAACUGCAGAAAUUUGGUUGGAUGAUGUGCAAAACCAGGUCACAACAUUAAAAAUGUAUUCCAAAGAUUAUGUUAAACACUUAGAUGAUGAGUUCCAAGCAAAAACCCAGAAUGUUGAAAUUCCCCAGAGCCCUGAUCAAAUAAACCUGUCACCCUCUUCAUCCCCUAAUGAUAACUCAUUACCUACUGAUAUCCAGAGUAAUUCUGAUGUAAAUAAUAUUGUUGAUCCUGACAACCACAGUAUAGACGAUAAUCCGAGUAACUCUGCUGUCAAUCCGAGUACUUCUGCUGAUGAUAAUCCGAAUCCAAGUACUUCUGCUGUUGUUAAUCCGAGAGAUUCUGCUGCUGCUAAUCUGAGAAAUUCUAUUGCUGUUAAUCCGAGAAAUUCUACGCUGUCAAUCCGAAUAAUUUUGAUGCUGAUAAUCUGA